AUGGGUGCCGCGCGGCGGGGGCUCAUGCUGCUCUUCGUCCUCGUCCUGCUGCUCCAGGCGCAGGCGUGGGCCGGCGCCGCUCCGCUCAACGGCGAAGGAUUGGCUUUGCUGGAGCUGAGGGCGAGGGUGGAGGGAGAUCCCCAUGGAGUCUUCCAUGACUGGGAUCCCACGGACAACAAUCCCUGCAGCUGGUCCGGCGUCCAAUGCUCUGACGGCAACGUGGAGAUUCUGAAUUUAACAGGUCAUGAACUGGCUGGAACCCUCGCACCUGAGAUUGGAAGCCUACAACGCCUAAGAUCACUUUUACUUCCAAAGAACAAUUUCCAUGGGCAAAUCCCCAGAGAGUUUGGAGGGUUAUCUGCCCUUGAAGUACUGGAUUUGAGUGCCAACAACUUGGAUGGAACAAUUCCAAAAGAACUAGGGACGAUGCCACUACUCAAACAGCUAUCACUUCACAACAAUCAGUUCCAAGAAGGCGUCUCAUCUUUCAACACACAAGAUGGAGCUGCUGAGCAGACAUGCUGCUUGAGCAGAAAACUAGGUUGCUGGCUGGGGUCUAAGAAUUGGAUUUCUUUCAACGUCCUCCGUGGGAAAUAUUGCAACAAUCUACCAAGUUUUACCGAGUCACACAUAAUGCAGAAUUUGCAGUCCAUAGCAAGUGCGAUGCGCCGCAGGCUGCUUGGUGAAGCUGGCAAUCUGCCUGCUCUUUCAGGGAAUAAUAACCUGGAAAAUUCAACAGGAAUCCAGAGACCUGCUGAUGUUCUAUCUCUAGGGACUGGUUCAUUUCCUGCGUUCCCAAAGUCGGAUGGCCAAAUCCUGAUGCCUUCGGUUCCAGAAUCCAUAGAGAAUGUUGAUGCUGCAACACCGAAGCAGGUGCCUGCCGAAGUGACCCAAUCACCCGAUAAAGAGUCAUCCGGUGCGAAGUAUGACAUUUGGACUUACGUCCUCAUAUUUCUAGCUGCACUACUGCUCAUUAGCCUGAUUAUUGCGCCAAUCUUGGUCUGUCGGAAGCGAGGGGAUGGAUCAAUAGCCCCCUGGAAAGCAGGGCUAAGCGGCCAACUUCGGAAGGCAUUUGUAACAGGUGUUCCAAAGCUAAACAGACUAGAACUCGAAGCCGCUUGCGAGGAUUUCAGCAACAUUCUCAACGCUCUGCCUUUCUGUACCGUGUUCAAGGGGACAUUAUCCAGCGGAGUCGAGAUCUGUGUUGUCUCCACUGCCAUUCCAUCGACCAAGGAGUGGUCCAAGAGUUCAGAAACGUUCUUCAGAAAAAAGAUAGAUACAUUGUCAAGAGUCAACCACAAGAACUUUGUCAAUCUCCUUGGAUUUUGCAUAGAAAAUAAACCCUUCAUGAGAAUGAUGGUGUACGAGUAUGCUCCAAAUGGAACUCUUUCUGAGCAUCUUCACCUCAAGGUGUUUGAGGAUCUCGACUGGGCCGCGAGGAUGAGGAUCAUCAUGGGCCUGGCGUACUGCCUCCAGUACAUGCACCAUGAGCUCGAUCCGCCUGUGGCGAUAAACGAUAUACGCUCCGACGCAAUCUUUAUGACAGAUGACUAUGCUGCCAAGAUUGCUGAUGUUGGCAUGUGGAAAGAAGUCGCGGACAGAGCAAACGCCGCAAAGCAGGACGGCAGCAGUCGCUCCGAGCCUCCUCCCGAUCUCGCGGCCAGCGUCUUCUGCUUCGGCACGCUUGUGCUGGAGAUCAUAUCCGGAAAGCUUCCUGAACAACCAAAUGGCCAUGAACCGACCUGCAUCUGGGCUGCCGAGCAUCUCAAAGCCAAGAAUUACGCCGAGCUCGUCGACACCGUGCUCGAGGAACACAGGGCCAACGAGCUGGAGGCCGUGUGCGAGGUGAUCGAGGGGUGCACCGACCCCGACCCGACGCGGCGGCCAGCAAUGCGAGACGUGACGGCGAAGCUCAGGGAGGUUCUUGGCAUCUCGCCGGAGGCGGCGGCGCCGCGGCUCUCGCCCCUCUGGUGGGCCGAGCUCGAGUUACUGUCCAUAAAGUCGACCUAG